CUGUCGGCUUCUCUUGGGUCCAUGUACAGAUCAACUACGUGAUGUUUUACUUCAUCAUGCACCACCGUCAACAUUCACACAUGUCAUUAAACAAAAGAGGUUUAAUCUGCCCCGUCCGACAGCACCACAAAUGAAUCAUGUUUUACCUAAAGGCAGUAAUUAUGCUGGAAACUAUAAUGACAUGGACAUUCCAUUAUUGUACACACUACUCAGAAACAUUUGUAGCAUACCACCACACAGCAAUGCCUGGGGAAAUGAUCCAGAUCCUACAGAUCGAUUUCUUUCUGCCAACAUUGAGAGGAUUCGUAUUGCUAGAAAUCAGUGUGUACAUUUUUCAAGUCCUGUCCUUUCCAAUGCUGAUUUCAACGCAGUCUAUUCCUCUGUCAGAUCAGCAGUUGUGGACCUUGAUUCUUUCCUUAACAACGGGAACAAGUAUGAAAAGGAGGUUGACUUUUUGAGACUUGAGACAAUGGACCCUGUCCGUGAGUGUCAUUACAUAGAAGAACUGAGGAAACAAGCUGAAGAAGAUGCAGAAACUAGAGAAAUAAUCCAAGGCUUGAAAAGUAAAUUAGAAGAGAGUGAAACUUUCAGAAUUGAGAAUCAAAAUAAAAUGCUGCAAAUUGUUGAUGAAAUCAGGACACCGAAGUCCGCAAUCCCUCAAAAUGUCAAAGGGUUCCCUUGGGCUCAGGUGGCCGCCAUUAGAAAGCUAGAAAUUUCACAAUUCAUUUUAGAUAUUCAUGAAAAAAGGUUCAUACGAUGGAAAGAAGAGGAUGAGGUUUACAGUGAAACCCACAGUUUCCUUGUUAUGUUGGAUAAAGUCAGAAGUCAACCUUAUAUGACAUUUGUUGGUGUCCCAGGAUCCGGAAAAUCGGCAACGAUUCAUCACAUAGCCCUGAAACUCCAGAAAGAAGGAUACGAGAUUGUUCCAGUUAUUGAUAUCAGGAAAAUCGAAGAUUAUUGUGACUCUCGUAAGCAACAAGUAUUUGUUAUUGAUGAUGUGGUAGGUGUUUAUGGUCUUCAAAAACAAAAAUUAGAGUUAUUGAUAGAUCAUGAAAAAAGAAUUUCAGAUCCCUCCAGUAAAAAUACAAAGAUAUUAAUGUCAUGUCGGGAGGCAGUGUUUAAUGAAUGUUACAAAUCAUUUUUCUUAAAUGAGAAAAACAUAAUUAAAAUGCAAAGACAAAAUGCGAUUCUUCAGAAAUACGGCUUGGAUAGAGAAGAAUUUGACAAAAUGCAGCUAUGCUACAUUGGUCUUGUGCAUGUAAAUGAAAAUAAACUAUCCAAAACAAUAUUAAAAAACACAGAAAACGAAGUUUUAUGUGAAAUGAAAUCAAGAGUACUAGAAAGUUGUGAAGCCGAGAGUUACAUGGAUGCAUUUAAAUUUGUUAAAGCACUGUCAGUAAUGGAGGGGACUUACACAAAACUCCGUGGCUCUGAGUAUACAUUUAUUCAUAACUCUGUGUUUGAAAUCCUUGCAUAUCAUUAUGGAUGUCAGUUUCCAGAACUUUUGCAAUAUAUCAGCAGUAGUUACAUUGCUAACGUAAAAGUAAAAGAAUGUAAAAAAGAGUCGGAGGUUGAAUGCAAACUCGGUGAGAAUGAAGAAUUUAGUGCUGGGGAGCAUCAAGCAGUAACAAGUGAAAGAAGCCAGGAUUCAUUUGAUCUCUGUAUAAGGUUAAGUGAGGAUCAGUACCCGAUGUUUGCAGAGCGUUUGUACGGGGAUAUAGAAAAUAUGGAGCUGUAUGAUGUUUUUAUGAAUAAUGCUUUAAAACAUCCUAAGGUAUGUCAGGCUUUUAUUGAGGUGUUAAUUUCAAAACCUUACACAGAGCUGAAGUCUUUAUUUCUGUCAGAACAGAAAGACGUGUCUAAGGUAGUGAGUAAAGGAGAACGUGUGAGAGAGGAGAGGGAUAAGAUGAGCCGGAAGAGGUUCAGACAGGGAUUGCUGUGCAGAAAGAGGCUAGUGAGGAAUAGGAGAGCAUGUUUAGGUAGAUUUCUGAGAAAAGUGAAGGACUUAUCUAACGCGGGAGUUGAUAUUAAUAAUGCAAAAGACAAAUUAUGUUUAUCAAACUCCAUGAGUGAUACAAGAAAUCAAAAUCAGGACAAUAGUUGUUCUGUUUUCGAACAAGACUGUUUACUUGUAUUGAGUUGUCACAGUGGAGAUUUAGAGACUGUAAGAAUAUUCAUAAAGUACGUCAAUAUAAACAAGGAACUGCAAUAUGAUGCUUUCUUAUUUGAACCAACUACACUAGCAUCAGCAUGUAGGGGUGGACAUCUGAGUAUAGUGAAGGAGUUACUUAACGUUGGAGCUGAUGUCAAUCUUCAAGGUAAAUAUGAUACACCACUGACAGCAGCAUGUGAGGGUGGACAUAUGAGUGUAGUGAAGGAGAUCCUUGAAGCGGGAGCUGAUAUCAAUCAACAAGGUGGGUAUGAUACACCACUGAAAGUAGCAUGUAGGGGUGGACAUAUAAGUAUAGUAAAGGGGUUACUUAAAGUGGGAGCUGAUAUCAAUCCACAAGGUGAAACUGAAUCACCACUGACAGCAGCAUUUAGUGGUGGACAUAUGGGUAUAGUGAAGGAGUUACUUAAAGCGGGUGCUGAUAUCAAUCGACAAGUGGAGCUACUACAAGCAGGGGCUGAUAUCAAUCAACAAGGUCAAUAUAAUACACCACUGAUAGAAGCAUGUGAGGGUGAACAUAUUGGUGUAGUGAAGGUGUUACUGAAAGCGGGGGCUGAUAUCAAUUCACAAGUUGAAUAUGAUACACCACUGACAGCAGCAUGUAAGCAUGGACAUAUUGGUAUAGUGAAGGAGUUACUUAAGGCGGGAGCUGAUAUCAAUCCACAAGAUUUGUAUACUACACCACUGGAAGCAGCAUGUGAGGGUGGACAUAUGAGUGUAGUGACGGAGUUACUUAAAGCGGGAGCUGAUAUCAAUCAACAAGGUAUAUUUGAUACACCACUGACAGUAGCAUGUCGGCAUGGACACAUGAGUGUAGUGAAGGAGCUACUUAAAUCGGGAGCUGAUAUGAAUUUAUGUAAAAAGCAUGAUACACCAUUGACAGCAGCAUGUAGGAGUGGAUAUAUGAGUGCAGAGAAGGAGCUACUUAAAGCGGGAGCUAAUAUCAAUCAACAAGGUGAAUAUGAUACACCACUGACAGCAGCAUGUAAGCAUGGAUAUAUUGAUGUCGUUAGGGAUCUUCUUAAGGCGGGAGCUGAUAUCAAUCAACAAUGUGUGUAUGAUACACCACUGACAGCAGCACCAGCAUGUAGGGGUGGACAUAUAAGUGUAGUGAGGGAGCUUCUAGAAGUGGGAGCUGAUAUCAAUAGACAAGGUAAAAAAGUAACACCACUAAUAGCAGCAUGUAAGAGUGGACAUCUGAGUGUAGUGAAGGAACUACUAGAAGCGGGAGCUGAUAUUAAUCGAAAAGGUUUUAUUGAUGCACCAAUGACAGCAGCAUGUAGGUAUGGACAUACGAUUGUAGUGAAGUUGCUAAUAAAAACGGGAGCUGAUAUCAAUAGACAAGAUAAAUAUGAUACACCACUAAUAGCAGCAUGUAAGGGUGGACAUCUUAGUGUAGUGAAGGACCUACUAGAAGCGGGAGCUGAUAUCAAUCGAAAAGGUUUUAUUGAUGCACCACUGACAGCAGAAUGUAGGUGUGGACAUACGAUUGUAGUGAAGGAGCUACUAGAAGCGGGAGCUGAUAUUAAUUCAGAAAAUACGUAUACUAAACCGCUGAUAGCAGCAUGUGCAGGUGGACAUUUGGGCGUACUGGCUUUACUAAAAGCGGGACCUGAUAUAAAUAAACAAGGGACUUAUGAACGAAAGGGAAAUGUUCUCACCAUCUUUGACAGAUUUGUAGGGGGAAGUGGGCGCCACGUCCUCUUUCAAGACGAGGGAGACGAGAUUAUGGUUGUGAGAAAAACCCUUAAAGAAAACAAAUUUGCCCCAAAAACUGAUGACAUUCCACCCAUGACAGAACUAAGCAAGCUCACAGAAACAGAGGAGGAGAGGGAUGAUCCCAGAUCAAAUACUCUGGACAAAGAGGACACAAAUGCCGGAGAACCUAGAGGUAACCAUAGCAAAGAAAAGAGUGGCAAAUCAAGGGAAGUUAGGGGUAUCUCAAGGAAAGAAAAGACUGGCAGUUCCAGAAAAGCUAAGGGUUCCUCUAGGAAAGUCAAGACUGACAAGUCCAAAGACACUAUGGGUACCUCAAGAAAGGAGAAGUCUGGCAGUUCUAGGGAAAAGAACAUUGAUGAGAAAGCUACUCUGGAAGUCAUUCAGUCUCAGGAAAAGAUCCAGAAAGUCAUUCAGACUCAGGAAGUCAGCCAGAGACAGGAAGACAAUCAGAGACAGGAAGACAGAAAUUCUCCCACAGCCCCUGUCAGACGUAUACGGCGCCAUUGUAAAAGAUUCAAAGGUGUGCAUAAGAGGCCAGCCAAGUGUUGUCCUGUAGAGGGUUGUACAGGGCUGGUUGUUAACUUACCAAGGCACAUUAGGACUGUUCAUCCAGACUUACGUCUCAAGAGUUCUUGAGAGCAAGAGCAAAACUUAAAGGAUUUCCCUUGGGGAAGUUCCUGAAAUGCUUUCAAGGAUUGCAUAAUCAACAUGGCUGGGACCUCAGCCUCAAGUAUGGUGUUGUUAACAUGGCUAGGACCUCAAACAGCCUCAGAGAUGGCCUUGACAACAAGGAUAGGACACCAGCCUCAAGGAGUGAAGGACUCUGUAGACAACAUGACUAGAACACCAGCCUUAAUGACUGCAUAGUCAACAUUGGUAGGACCUCAACCACAAGAAUUGCCAACAUCACUAGGCUUUUAGCCUAAAGGACUGCCUAGUCAACAUUGGUAGGACCUCAGCCACAAGAAUUGCCAGCAUCACUAGGCUUUUAGCCUAAAGGACUGCCUAGGAGACAUGGGUAGAACACCAGCCUUAAAGACUGCAUAGACAACAUGGGUAGAAUUUCAGCCACAAAGACUGCAUUGACAACAUUGGGAAUCUUCCUCUGCUGAUGAUGUGUCAAGUCUAGAAAAAAGAAACUUCCUUAGAGGAGGAAUGGAUUUCAAGCGAAGUUAUUUAAUUGUCUUGUAGCAAAUAAGCUUCCUAGCUUCACAUAUGACCUGAUGAGUAAGUUGGCUUUGAAUUGACUAAUGGAAACAAGGUCAGCUAGGUGCAACCAAAACUACAUGUAUGUGAGAGAAGGAAAAGAUCAAAAGACAGGAGAAAGGGUCAUUAAAGUUACGAUUAGACAUGGAAUUUGAUUGCAUAUAAAAUUGUGUUUUGAUGAGCAUCACAUUUUUAAAAUGGUCAAUUAUUUUUUAGAUAUCCUCAAAGCAUCUGUUUGUCAUUAUAAUUAACAGUAGUGUCAUGGUGUUUGAGAUCAGUGUUGUGUUUCAUGGUUCUUGUUUAUUUUUUUUUCUUAAUUUGUUUUAAUUUUGUUUUAAUCUUUCUAGCCUAAUUAUGUUAUUUUAAAUUAAGCCCAUUGACAUUAAAAAUCUUAUACUUAUUAUUAUUUUUAUUUGUUUAAUACUUGGUUUUCUCAGCAAUAAGUUUUCAACAAAAUGUUGAU